CUUCCUAAAGAAGUUCAGCAGCCCAUGUCUCUGUCCUUGUUUCUGUACUCACACAUUCACAGUUACCUUCACUAAUCUCUAUUGUUCUUUUUUGAAAUCAGCCUACUUGGUUUCCCCUUUUAACUUUUAAGUGAUCAGCGUAAAUUGUUGCCGAUGCGCAGCUGGCCUAGCUAUAGUUGAUUGGCCACUCAAAUUUAUAACUUAAGCUUCCCCUCAGGUUGAUGGUAGUUUGUAAUUAUCGGCUUGCCGUUCAAUUAAAUUCCGUUAAUAUUUUUAUUUCUCUCAGGUGACGAACAUACGCUAUAAGUGAAUCUCUGGGGUUUAUGACUUCUUUUCUGUCAUUACACACAAAGAGCACUUUUUUUUUGUUUCCCCCGUUUGUUUUUGUAGAUAUUUGUUCACGUUCAAAACUUAGCGGACUGGGCAGUUUACACACGCGGAUACCUCUCACUAGCUGCACGGAAUCGAAAGCAGAACACUUAUCCCACUAGAAGCACGAUUCGGUCUUGUCACCUAAAUCACUGUGAAAAGAAACAGCGCUUUUUUUUUAAGGGGGAACAUCCUUUACACCAGAUUUUAACUUACUACAGGCACUUCGAGCUCGGUUAAAGUUUAUUUUUGCCGUGAUUGGACAAAGUUCUCUAAUAAUUUUCCUCUAAAAUGAGUAAUCUUAAAGCAGAAAGUGAGAAUGUUAACACUCUGGAAGAGGAGGUGCGAACACUGUUUGUCAGUGGUCUUCCUGUGGAUAUCAAACCUAGAGAACUCUACUUACUUUUCCGGCCAUUCAAGGGUUACGAAGGUUCACUGAUCAAGCUGACUUCAAAGCAGCCUGUUGGGUUUGUUACUUUUGAUAGUCGAUCUGGGGCUGAAGCAGCAAAGAAUUCUUUAAAUGGAAUUCGCUUUGAUCCAGAGAACCCACAGACACUGCGACUAGAGUUUGCCAAGGCCAACACUAAAAUGGCAAAAAAUAAGCUGAUGGCAACACCACACCCCACCAAUGUGCACCCUGCACUCGGAGCACACUUCAUUGCACGUGACCCAUAUGAUUUGACAGGAGCUGCUCUGAUCCCAGCAUCCCCUGAAGCUUGGCCUCCAUAUCCCCUCUACACAGCAGAACUGGCUCCAGCUAUUCCCCAUGCAGCAUUCACAUACCCUGCCGCAGCUGCUGCUGCAGCAGCACUUCAUGCACAGAUGCGCUGGUAUCCAACUCCAUCAGAAGCUACACAGCAAGGAUGGAAGACUCGUCAAUUUUGUUAAACAUUAGUGCUGUUCUGACUGGAAUGUCUUCAGUCUUUACUUCCAUGGGUGAAUUAUUUUGAUUGUCUGUCCAGAUCAGGCAAAGCACUGUGAGGAACCUCCAUUUUGUUUGUGGAAGUUUUUCAUACAAGACUUGGUUUUGAUUUUCUUCAUCUUUGGACUGUGAAUUCAUAUGCAGUUCCAUACAAGGCUGUCUUGACCAAAAGCCUAGCAGGAAAAGCUUAAUGGUACCGAUAUCGUUAAUGUUGUUUUUGUUGCAUAAUCCUGUUGGUUAACUAUAGAGCAAGAAUCUGACUGCUCUCUAACUGCUGCUGUUUGUAUAAUAGAAAAAGACAGUCAUGUCAUUGCAUGUGUAAGGUUUUUGGCAUGAAAUAAUGCUUUGUAUAUAUGUGUGUGUAUGUGUGGAGAAUAACUUUUUUGAUGGGUGGUGUUUGCAGUUUCUGUUGUACUUCUGUGUUAACUGUAAGUUGUAAAAACACAUUUCUUUGCGUUUGGUAAUAUUGAUGUAUUACUAAUCUGACAGAAAAAUCAGUUUUGUCUGUCUUCUAAGACUGAAUCUGUAUGUUGUCUUUUCUCUUCUGCUUCUGAAAUUUUUCCAGAACUGUUAUUUAUCAAUAUUUUCUCUAGAGCACACCCAUCCUAUGCCAUUAUAAAUAGAAGCCUUAUCUAGAUCAGAAAUUGGAACCAACCUGGCCGGCCUGUAAGAUUGUAGUAGCCUAAUAUGAAGUACAAAUAUUUUUGUACAGUUGUAUAAUAUAUUUAUGCAUCAUGAAUUUUUUGUUAAAUUUAAAAUAAAAUGUAUUCUGUAAGAUAAGUUAAUGUUAGUAUAAGUUUUGAAGUUGCUUAUUCUGUAUCUUGAAGUUGCUGAAAUGUGCAGAUUUUCUCACAUUUUACUAUGCUUGAUAUUGAGGUACAUGCAUAAUAAAUUAAAGAUCUCAAUGUCUAUG